CCUAACUAUGGAUAUCGUAUUGUGUCGGUCGACAACAGGAGCGUGAUGAUAGCUACCUAGGUAGCCAUGUAGGCAGACCACUAUAUAACCUUGUCCUGUCGGCAUGGGAGCAACUGCUACCAACCAACGAGCAAACCCUCAAAUCGUCUGGUUUUCAACAUGUCAAGCCUUGUUAACUUCUUGCUUCUGGUCCUUGCUACCGCACUCUGUGCCCCAGCAUGCUCAAACGGCCGUGUUAUCGCGAGACGCUCCUCAUCUGCGGCAUCGCCGUUCGUCAUCUCUUCACCAGCAUUUGAGACCAUCCUGGGCACCAAUCCCAAGUUGUCCGUCGUCUUCAACGUGACUCUCCCCCUUUUCCACGAAGCUGGCAUAUACCAUGCUCCGACAGACUCGAUGUUCAUCGUCAGCGACACGUUCUCCGACCCCUCGAUAACAAACGGCGAAAUGAUACAAGUGCUGGUGCACGUCACAAAUCUGUCGACUGACAAUCCGCAAUACACCAUCUUGAACGAAACCUCGUUGGCUAAUCCCGUCUCUGGUGCCCGCUACCUGCACAACGGCGCCGACCUGAUCGCCCUGGUUUGCAUCGGCAGCAUGAACGACGCCACGCCUGCGGGCCUGUUCUUCCUCAACCCCUACCCACCAUUCAAUGUCACUCCUCUAACCACCUCGUACGGCAAUUAUCCAUACAACUCACCGGACGAUGCCACUGUGUUUCCAGAUGGCAGCAUAUACUUCACCGAUCCGGUCUACGGCUUCACGAACGGUCUUCGCCCACCACCAUAUCUGCCGAAUCAGGUGUAUAGGUACGACCCGGCCACCAACACGACCCGAGCCAUCGUGGAUGCAUUCGGUCGUCCUAACGGCGUCACGCACUCACCCGACGGCACUAUUUUGUACGUAGGCGACACAGGCGCCAAUAUCGGCAAUGGCACCAUCGACACCCAAGGUCAGCGUUCAACAUACGCAUUCAGCGUUCGUAUGUUACCAUCAGGUGUAGAUGGUAGUAUGGCCGGUCCCUUCGUGACAGACCGAAGGGUGUUUGCGAUGCCCGACGUCGGAGCUAAUGACGGCCUGAAGACCGACUUGGACGGCAACGUUUGGGGCCAAUCCAUCGACGGACUGCAUGUGUGGACACCCAGCGGCGAACAGCUUGGUAAAGUGUUGUAUGGAGACGGUGACGGGGGUAAUCUCGGAUUCGCAGAGCCCGGGGAAGUCUACCUCAUGGCAGAACAAGUGCUGUACAAGUUGGAGAUCUCGAACACUGUAGUUGGAACGGGGGUGUUUACAUGAUUUUGGAAGAUGGCGGAUGACGCAAGUAUAGUACACCUAGGUAGUUACCAGGUCGUUGUAGAUUAUUGUCACCUUCACAGCAGUCUCGUCCUUGUAACACUUGCCCAAUAUUAUACGCAUCCAAACC